UACAACACGGAAGUAGGAUUGUAGACGACUUUAUUUUCCAUUGCUUAUGUGGAGAAAAUAAGACCCACUGUCUGAACAGGAUAGGCUGCACAACUAUAAUUCGACUAAAAAUGUCUAAACUACAGUUGUUGCAUGUGUUUUUAAAUGAGCGUUUAACGGCGGCUGUUGUGGAGAUUGUCGGGGCAGUUGAGAAAACGGUAGCGGAGUACCAGGAGGAGAAUGAUCGGCUACGGAGAAUGCUGCGGAUCACACAGGAGAUAAAACUAUGUAAAAUAGGCUCCCUGCCUCUCUCUCUUGCUGUCUCUGAAGAGGAGGUUCCCCCUGAGCAGCAGCACUGUGAGCAGGAGUGGAGCCCCAGUCUGGGGCAGGAGGACCCAAAGCCCACACAGAUUAUAGAGGAAGAGCAGAUUCAAGGGCUGGAGCCUGAUAUCAUAGAGUUCAAAUUCACUCCUUCCUGUGUGAAAAGUGAAUGUGAUCAGGAGGACCCACUUUGGUCCUUGACUCUUCCUAAAACCCAGAUUGUGGAGCACGUAGAUAUUGACUCUAAACGAGUGGAUCCUGAACCUUUUGCCACUGUGACCCACCUAAAGGGUUUCGAAAUUUCCUGUGACCCUCCAGAUGAUCAAAACAAUGCCUCCAUCCACAGCUCAGCCAUAAGCAGCAACCCAGUAGGACUUGACAGCAGCCCACCAUUGGAUCCCAGCCCACCAUUGGCUCCGACCCCACCAUUGGGGAAACCCUGCAACUUCCCCUUUUAUGGCAAGACAUUCAAACAAAAAGGAAAUCUGUCCAUGCACAUGAGUAUUCACACAGGAGACAUGCCAUUUAGCUGUGGUGACUGUGGGAAGUGCUUUAUUCAGAAGGGGGACCUAAGAAGACAUAUACUGACUCACACAGGAGAGAAACCAUUUAGCUGUAAUUUUUGCAGUAAAAGCUUCAAUCAGAAGGGGGACCUAAGGAGGCAUAUACUGACUCACACAGGAGAGAAACCGUUUAGCUGUGGUGACUGUGGGAAAAGCUUCAGUCAGAAGGGGGACCUAAGGAGGCAUAUACUGACUCACACAGGAGAGAAACCGUUUAGCUGUGGUGACUGUGGGAAAAGCUUCCGUCUCAAGGGGAACCUAACCACUCACACACUCACUCACAAAGGAGUGAAACAACAUGGCUGUGCCAUCUGUGGUUUAAGAUUCACUCAUAAGGCUUAUCUGCUGAAGCAUGUGCACAAAGUCCACAAAGAAAGAAAACAGGAUGAAAACUGAAAGGGAAGAUAAUUAGGACAAAGACGUCUGCCAGAAGAUGGGAGUAAAAACUGUGUAUAACACUCCUAGGAAAGCAAAGCAACUCUGGAUCAUUCACGUUCUGCGUUACAGAUAAAUAGAUGUGUGAUUCAUUUACUUUUGUAAAGCCUGUGUAAAUAAAGUUUGAUAUGAUUUGAACGAUGAGGUAAUGAUCAAACAGUAAUACACUGUAUAAUGGGAAUCUUGCAGAUCUGAGGGGUAUACUAAUCAAAUCAAAUAUAUGUAUAAAGCUGUUUUUUCAGCAGAUGUCAAAGUGCUGUACAGAAACCCAGCCUGAAACCCCAAACAGCAAGCAAUGCAGAUGUAGAAGCACGGUGGCUAGUAUACCCCUUUGCAGUACAAACAACAACAAAGUGGACACCCCGCCACUUUUUCGGUAAACAGCUGAGGGAGAACGAAAUGUAAAAACACUCAAAUUCAGACAGAUCUAUGGGAUGGAAGGACUGGCCACUCAUGAGAUCAGAAUAAUAUUUUUAACCAUCUUUUGAGGCUAUAUAAUGUUUGUUUGCAAUUACAUUGUUUACAAACAAUGGAGUAAUGCGUUUUUGAACACCUGAGUACAGUAGUCCGGUCUCAAGAUCACAUAUGUUUCUGUGUCAGAUACGAGACAGUGGAGUAAAACAACUCAGAAUUAUCAGCUUCCAUUCAGUCAGCGCAUAAAACUAAUUAAUCAGGCCAAAUAUAUACACUCCUUUCUUGAAAUGUUAAUACAGUAUCUUAACAUCCUUAUCUAUUAUAGACAUGUUUGCGCAGUGGCGAACCUAUAGGCCUUCAGUGUGUGACGUGUUCGGGAUUAUGAAGGGACAGCAACCUAGCGCACUCAUGUAGGAGAGUGCACUUUUUAUAAAACACAAAGGGCCAGUGGUGUAGUGGAGGGUAAACGCAGGUAUAAGCCGUAUACCCACUUUUUUUCAGUGGGCAUUGCGUAUAGAUAUACUUACUUCUUAAUCCCUACUGAUGCGUAUUAAAGUUGUGUAGUGGACGUAUACGAUUUAUCAUGAAUGUAGUACAAUAAAGAAAUCGUGUACAAAGUAGCCUACACAAUCGCAAAGCAAGUGAAAUAUAUUGACAUGCGUGCUGCACACAGCGGAAUAUCAUCUGCAGGCAGCAAGAGUGUGCAGCUCUCAACUGGUUUUGGUAUUGAGCAGCUCACAUAAGAAUGGUGUCAGCUGGUAGGGUAGGAAAUACGUUUCAAUUGAUGGUAUCUACCAGUAAAUGCUAACUAAGGUAACAAUUUGUAUGCAAACCAGGUAUUGAUUAAGUUUAGUCUGAAGUGUUGAUUAGUAGGCUAUUUGUGAUGAGUUGUUUGCAUCAGGUGCAUAGACAUGGAUGGGCCUGGGUGGACAAAGGCCUACCCACUGGGGAGCCAGGCCCACCCUAUCAGAUUGAUGUGGUUUAAGCAUUGUUGUGGACUUAGACCACAUUUUUGUAUUUUUUUCUAUAAUAAAAAAAUGGGUGAUUUUGA